UCACCAGCCACUUCUUCUUCAACUUCAACAAAACAAUUUACUAACAAAGCGCUUUGUAGCGUUCAUCUGGCACAAUUUCUUCCUCCUCCAUAUGGUGGUGGUCUUGAAAAUAUGGUUUGUGAACCUGUUUGGAACUCUUUCCUGCUGCUUUACUCUCAGAGUAAAGACAAUGUGAUCACCAUUGUGUUAUCAACCAUUCACACAAGUGGAUGGGUAGGAAUGGGGUUCUCCCGCGAAGGAAUGAUGAUCAAUUCUAGCUGUAUGGAUGGAUGGGUGACUCCUGCAGGUCAUGGAAAAAUCAAACAGUACUAUGUUGAGGGCAUCACUCCCUCGAAAAUCAUACCAGAUAAAGGAGAGUUGCCAUUGACAACUGUUCCACCUCUCAUCUAUCUUCAAGGUGCCAGUGCCACAGUUUACUUGGCCUUCUAGUUGAAGUAUCCAACUCCUCUCAAAACUCAACCAAUGUUACUAGCCUUCUCCACCAAAUAUCCUCAGCACCACCAUCUAACCGCUCGCGAGGAUAAAACAACCAUAAAAUUUGACUUCCUCAAAGACCCAUGGGGUACUGGGUAUAUUGGUGGGGUGGGGACUAGAUGUGACGCAUGGUCUACAGCAUUUCUCAAGAGCCCUGGUUAUAAAAAAAAAUUAAGGUGGGGACUAUUCUUGCCCUUCGAAGCCAUUGUCGCAAGAUACUUCAGGACCCAAUCAUUAUGGUACUACUUUCAUGUAUCUGCUCAAUUCAUACUAGGACUUGCCGGAGUGGUUCUUGGAAUUCAUGUCAACAACAAGCUGCAGCCCGAUAUUCCAGGACACCAAGGCAUAGGCAUUCUUAUUCUUGUGCUUGGCAUUCUUCAGGUUUUGGUAUUCUUUGUAAGACCAGAUAAAGACAGCAAGUAUCGCAACUGCUGGAAUGAUUAUCACAGUUGGAUGGGGAGGACGGCUCUCUUCUUUGGAGCUUUGAACAUCGUAUUGGGGAUGCAUUAUGCAGGCGCAGGGCAAGGAUGGAAAUUAAGUUAUGGAUUUUUUCUCGCUUCAACAAUGUUGGCAUGCAUCAUCCUGGAAACAUUGCUAAGGCAAUAGAAGUGGGAUGAACCAACUCUUCCUUCAAACUACGCCAUGAAUACAAUCUAGCAAAGUACUAAAAACUUUGAUUGUUAUAGGUAGGCUGGGUUUACAAGUACAGUCCCCCCCUCCCCCCAAAAAAGCAUUUCAUUCACCACUAGGAGUGCUUUACCAUAGCUGUACAGAAUUCUGCCCAAAUUAUACUUUUGUGGGUGAAUUUGGUUUCAGCAGGCUCAGUACUCUUUAAGGGUCAAGCCUCCUUGAAACAAACUCAACACCUUCGCUGGUGCUCUUCAAAAUUUCUCCUCUGAAGGAAAAAUUGAUAACAAUUUACAUGUAUCGACAACUUUUACCUAGCAAACAUUUGUUUAUGGAGAUCACCAGUAUAGCAGUGUGACAUUGAAUCAGCGUGUAUUUUACCCUUUACUCAUCAUAGCUGUUGUUAGACACCUAAUAGUCUUACAAUGUAUCCUACAUGAUUACUCGGGAUAAUAUCCAGCCAGCAUAUAGGAGGAAUGAACAGGAGUGGUUCUCAGCAAUGACAUACAUUCAGUUUUCAGUACUUUUUAACAUCGGAACUCGGAAUAAUUUUAUGUAACUCUAUGUUCUACUAAAUACUGCAAGUAAAUAAGUGUGUCUCUGCAAGCUUUCUUUGUACAGCUUGGAACUUAAAUUUGGAUCAACAUUGCAGUUGUUCUUUCUUUAUUGGACUGAGAAACGAGAUGUUUGUGCAUCCCAUUAGAAAGUGAAACAAAUUCGUGCCGGAAUCAGAAAGAACUGCUAAUAUAUAUAUAUAUAUAUAUAUAUAUAUAUAUAUAUAUAUACAAAAGAUACAAAAGAAAAAUACAUGGUCGAUGGCGAAGUCAGCACAGGCAAUUUGGUUAAAUGGUCACAAUAAACUUAAUUAAGCACUUUCCAGAACUCCGUCCAAAUCAAACCCAAAAAUCUCAGAAUUCUUUCCAGAUCAUUUUAGAUUGAACUUAUAGAAGAAUGCAUUGCAUACAACUCUGCAAGUCCUAAAUCAGAUGCAGAUAUACUUUGUUGGAGCAGUUGAAGAAUAAUUUGGUUAUGUAUACAAGUCAGUGAAACCAAUAAUCACUAGCAACUGAGAAA